ACAGUGAAAAGUAUAUUUGAAAUGAAUGAUUAGAAUGAAUAACCAUGACGACUUUAAAAUGCCACCCACCCCAAUUAGUUGACAGGGGACAAGAGGGGGUCCUUUGAAGUAUAUUUCUACUCUCCACCGGAAGCUGAAUGAACGCAAUGCAGCAAAAAAAAAUGAUCUGAUUUUUUCAAUGACAUGACGUCUGUAGUUAUUGUUGUUAGGAUAAAGUGCCGAUUAGCAUGAUACUUCAGGGUAAAACGACUGAAAAUCCCUAUCGUUAUUUUGCAUUCUUGAUAUGACCUCUCCCUCGAGUCUUGAUAAUUUCUGCUAGGGUAGGUAGGACUGGUGGUAAUUGCUCUUCUCACCUGGUAGGACUGGUGUAUUUAUUAUUUGGGCUUGUGUGAUUAGGUUAUAUUGAUUUGGUUUGCCUAAUCUUUAUUUUGCUUAAUUUUGGAUUGUUAAUUUGCUAUACUUUUAUUUUAUUUUUAAUAAAUGCACUAGCACCAUCGAGGUUUGGGGGAAAAAAAAAAGAAAGGAAAAUCUCUAACCUUCUCCACACACGGUACUUUUUGGCAGAGUCUAUAUAUUUCAAGUUGAUCAUUCCAGAUAUAAUAAAGAGCAAUAAAUAAAUCCACAUAUAUAAUAGUGUGUCCCUAUUGCAAGUUGAACAUAAGAACUCUACAGAGAGGAGAAGACUUUCUUUUGAGCUUUCAUCAAUGGCAGAUAGGUCUCGAACUGAAGCUGAACAACUGAACAAGAGCCCACAGGAGAGGGUAAGAAACCGUUUUUCUGGUGUCCCUAGAACGCUUUCUGAACUAGAGCGCCAAGAAGAAAGAACUGAACAAGAGCUCCAGCACAACGAAAAUAGUAGUGAGGUACAAAAUACUGAUGAAAAUAGCGAAACCUUCAACAUUCUUGAGAAUGAAAUCAUCGCAAAUGAAAGCACUGAUGUUGGUAUUCACGACACUUACAACGAAUAUCAUGAAGGUGGAGGUGCUGUUGAUGUUCAUCAAGCAAGGAACCACAACAUUGGUGGCAAUAGCAAUUUAUUCAAACAAAGGCAAGCGUGCAGGGAUUAGCAAAGUCGGCAACAAGUACUACAAGAAAUCGAGCGUACCAUUUCUUCUUAGUCUUAUUGUUCUUCUUGUUCUAGCUUUUAUUUUUUUUCUUUUAUAUAUUAAUGGUGAGUAAGCAAAACAAAAAAAUGAAGCAAGUGGCUUGAGUGAAAAAUAAGACCCGGCCAAGAAGAAAAAAAUAAAUAGUUGGCAAAAAAUAAAUAAACAAA